AGCCACUUCGAAACGGACGACCCCUGAUAGUAUGUUUUGUCGAACAAUAUGAAUAUCGGUAUCCCUGGCCACCGCUAUCCCUAACUUAGAAGCAAUUGACUUCUAGUUUAUUAUCACGUAAUAAGAGCGCCUACCCGUUUCCGUUGUACCCACCCAUGCAACCACCAGGUUUCGUUUAGAAAGUUGGAGACAGCAAUGUCAAUACCUAGUUGUUAUUGAUUUUCUGGAUGUUGAUGUUCGUCCCAUGAAACAAGUACGUCAUGCUUCCAGUGAAAGGACUUCUCGCAACCUUCGUUUUACUGCCUCGUCAAAAAUAAAGCCAUCGAGGGCGGUGUGCGGACUGGCUGACAGAGAAGCCAACCUCGAUUGAUGUGGACCAAAACAGACGGCACGUCGACGGGACUUCGAUUGUAAAAAUCGGAGAUGUCCGCCCCCGAGGAAGGCGAACCCGGAGUCGAGCAGGACCCGGACGCGCCUGCCGAGGAGGACGAGGAGAACAACAAGCCAAAUUCCGGGUCCGAGCAGGCCAGCGGCGGAGGGAACGUUUUCGGGAACUCGGGCACUGAAGACGAAGGCGGAGCUCUGGACACAUUUGGUGGGGGCUUGAAUGAGGACGACGAGGAAGGAGACGAGGAGGAGGAAAACGCGGACAACAAUGGGCAGCCCCCGGCCCCGCAAUUCGAAGAGCUCCCUGAGGGGUGGGGGAGCCAGCUGGCGAAAGUGCCCUACUGGCGACUGUGGUGGAACCGCAGCACGAACUACCGGCGGGAGGAGGAGGAAGCGGAGGAGUACGUGGUGACGCGUGCGGACAUGAUGACGUACCUGAACACGCAGUUGUGGUUCAACGAGGCGGCGUAUGGGAUCCCGUUCACGAUCGCGCUCUGGGUGAACUUUCUGGUGUUGCUGGGCAUGCACGCCUCGAUCGAGAGCAACUACCAGGUGCAGUCCGCCGUAGGCGGCGCGCUGGUCAGCGUGGUCGCCUACCCGGAACUGGGAAACACGCCCGCGGCCGCGGCCGGCGACACGAGUGGCUCGGCGUGUCCAACCACCUGCCACUGUGCCUGCGUGCCCCGGGCCGAUUUCACCCAGCCGGAGGCGUGCCAGGUAAACGCGUUGAACCGCAAUUACCUAAACGUGAAAUCCGUCACCGACGGUCAGUUCUUUCCGGAGUACUCCGGCGACCAGCUUCGCUCACAAAUGUACAAGCAGAAAACCGACAACAUGGCGUUUCAGGACCCCGUGCCCUACGACUCCGUGGACAACAUCGACAGCCUGUGGUUCUGGAUCCAGCACGGUGCCUUUCCCUUCGUCUGGAAUGAGAACGACUUUGCGGCGAUUCAGCUUUCCCUCCAGCAAGUCACCGUCACCGAGUAUUGAUGUCGAUGAUAGAAACUUUUUCAAUCUUUUGCGAGCCCCGUAGGAAAGAAUAAUAGAAAGGUGUAGGUUCGAAUUCGAUGAACAAAAAAUCGCAGUUUUAAUCUGAUCAAUCAAAUAGAAAUUGACGAGAUUCGAAUAGCUUCGCCCGCUCGGUGUGACAUCGCAAACUUGCGCUAGAAGGAGCAUUUUUCACAGAGUUCACCUGCCGCGACGGCGCGCGGUCCGUCGUUUUCGGCAGCAACUGAGAAAAACACUGCUUCUGCUGUCGUGCCGCAGUGCGUUUCCAGCUGCAAGGAAACUCAGCCGGAAGCACAUUAAAAACGCAUCCGCAGCGCGCCCCAGUUUGGGAGCAGCACCGGAAGAAUGCUUGGCUUUUCUCCCGAGCGGUUGUGUUUAGCAUAGGUAUUCUGGCUACCCAGAGGGAAGGUUUCCAGUAGGAUAUUGGCAGAGAAUUUGCAGGCUAGGAGGAGGAUACUGGAAGCGGAUGGGAAGUUUUUUUUUCCGAAUUAUUGCGUUUAGCAUAGCUAUUCUGGCUACCUGGGGAAAAGAUUUCCUACUAGGAUACUGGAAGGGUAUCUUCAGGAUAGUUGGAGGAUAUUGGGAAUGGGCGGGAAAAGUUCGUUUGUUUGCCCAAGUUGCUGUGUUUGGCGCAGCAAUUCUGGCUACCUGGGGAAAAGAUUUCCUAGUAGGAUACUGGGAGGGUAUCUUCAGGAUAGUUGGAGGAUAUUGGGAACGGAUGGGAAAAGUUCGCUUUUUUGCCCGAGUUGCUGUGUUUAGCACAGCAAUCUAUAUCAAUAGCAAGCGCGACAACAUUUAAAAGAUAUCCGUAUUUGUUAUCCAAAAAAUCCAGCUUAAGUAAAUGAUACACACACAACACAGGACGACCACGACGACUACGACGACUACGACAGAUCCAAGUCUAGCCGGUAACGAGACCAAUGCAGAAACGACUGCACCUAGCACAGGACCUGUGAUAGUAGCCCCUGUUGCAAUCGCGAAGAGACCGGGACGCCUCUACGUCACGAACCAGCUCGUAGCUCUUUAUUACUUUUCAACAUCAAUUUGGUUUAACUUUAAAAGUAAACUCCAACGCACCUACCUUGUGCUGCCGCCCGACAACAUGAACCGCCUCAAAUCAAUGCGUAAGGACCACGGGCGUGAGAAUUUUUUUUGUUUAAACUGAAAAUAAUGAAGAAAAUUUGAAAUUGAUUCCAGAUUGGCGGCAUACGAUUGCGGCAGAAGCGGCUGAAAACGACGUCGGACUGCGACGUGAACCCGGAGCUGCAGGAGUUUUACAAUGCCGACUGCCGCACGGGUGACGAGGAGACCAGCAAUUGGAAGGGCGUGAGCCACCGGUGCUUUGAGCCGGUGAAGGACCAGACAGACGGCUACUUUGACUGCCUUUUCGACGUGGGUAGGCCACUGGCCUCCACGGCGGGGCCGCUGGAGGACAUUGAGUACACGCUGCGGCCCUUCCAGUGGCUGGACGGGGCUACGGAAGAGGUGCAGUUCCAGGGCGCGUUUUUCAACGCGGAGGUGCGGCUGUACUCCCUGCUCACGCUGACCUUCACCUUCGAAAACGGUGGCUACAUGGAGAAGCGCAUGAAGGUGGCCGCCAUCUCCGCAAACAUGUACCCGACUUUCUGGUACAUCGUGCCGGACCUGAUCUUCCUCGCCAUGAUCUCCCAGCUGCUCUACCAGGAGGGUUUCGAGGUGAUCAACGCAAAGCGGAGCGGGCUGCUGUCCUUCUACCUGUCGGACUUCUGGAAUUUGGUCGACUGGCUCAGCAUUAUAGCGGGGUUCGUCAUCUCCUUCCUUUGGUUCAACAUUGUGCUUCGCACGCAGUCCGUCGGGGACUUGAUCGCGGACCUGGGGCCCACCCCGGAAACGGCUGCGACUAUACCCACUGCAAACAUGAUGUCGGGCUCUGGAAAGUCGUUGAUAGAGGACACAGACUUGGCAUAGUAAGUGAUGCAGAAUCAAUACGCGGCGCAGCUCGUUCUGUAGCAAACAAAAAUUUAAAUUUGUACCAUCGGCUAUGAAACAUAAUUCAACUUACUACCGGAACAUCAAGUACAAGGAAGAAUUGCGACAUCCUAGGUGAUGUCGUGUGCUUUCCCGUGGUCACGCAGCACAGGCAUUGCACCAAUGCGGGGACCCGCACCCCGAGUAAUUUUUUUUUACGAAGAAAUGCCGAAACAAACGUUUCAUAUAAUUCUCGCUUUUUAAACAAACAAAAUAAAGUAAGUGUGCUCUACGGUCCUCUGCAGUAGACUUCCAGGAGACUCGGAAAUGGUUGCAUUUGAUAAGGAUCCGCGUUGUACCAAUCGAAGUGGACGCGCAUCGUGGACGACCUGAGUUCCCUGUCCGACUCCCAGGACGUGCAGUUCAUGUUUCUCUACUGGUAUACCCUGGUGCUGAUGCUUCGCUUCUUCAAGAACUUCCAGGGGCAGCCCAGGCUGUCGCAAAUCUCGUCCACGUUGUUGAAGUCUCUCCUGGACAUGGGCCACUUUCUAAUUGUUUUUGCCGUCGUCUUCGUCAACUUUGCGAUCGGCGGCAAUCUCAUGUUCGGAACCAGCAGCGACGUAUCAUGCUUAAUUUCCACUCGAUGAGGAAGUAAGAUGAGGAAUCAUACAUAUAUCAUAAUGACGAUGAACCAGUUGAUGUAUUUGGGACCACUAGCCACUUUUUGAACGUUACGGCGACUGACCACUAGUAGAGAAGCACUGAUGUAGUUGAAAAUAUAUAAUUGAAAAUAUCAGGAUUGGUCGAGUAUCAUGGGUGCCAUCAAUACCAGUAUGAUGGCUCUGUUGGGGAAUAUCGAUAUGGAUGCGCUGAUGGAGGUGUCGCCAAUCACUGCCUACCUGUGGUUCUGGUCCUUUAUGGUGAUUAAUUGGUACAUCCUGAUGAACCUGCUCGUGGCCAUCGUAUUCGAUCACUACUACAGGUACUGCAAUUUCAGAAUGAAAGUUGGACUAGGAGUGCACCAGGGCUUUUUUUUUAUGUUCUGGCUCGCUUGAGCUAAGUAGGCUCGCCAAUCUUCACUUAGUAUGCCGACAUCAAGCUCGUUGCACUUGCACGUGCAGCCAAAAAUGAAUUUAUUUCAAAAAUAAAAACAAGGACGAAUGAAUGUCCCCGCAACUGUGAUGCACUAGUAUCCAGAUGUUGGGAAAGUCAAAAACUAAACUAAAACUACAUCCAAAAACCGCCAGUUUUCGCGACACAGUGGGCGAAACGCAGGGUUUGGGGUCCCAGAUUGCGGACGUCUUCUUCGAAAAAAGUUGGGCCAUUGAUUGGUAUCUGCAGCGGAAGCAGUAUCUUAAGAAGGAGGUAAUCGAUCCCAUGCCAGAGUACAAGGUGUUUCGAUUUUUCCACCCGAAGAAAUUCGGGUACCUGUUUCUCGACGAGCAGAUGUCGUACGAAGAGGUGUACGAAGCUAUGGUGGAGGAGUCGCCGCAAGGGGAAGUGUACGGGCGGCCGACUAUUCUCGAGCAGCGGACAGAGAAGCGCAAUGCGGACCGCGCGGCCUUCGAGGAGAGUUUACGGCACGAAAGUAAGGACGGUGGAAAUCGGCUUUCGAUGCUUGAGGCUGAGCAGAUGGCCAAGAAGCGGUCCAGCAGUGGGGAGGCGCCGUCGUCCAAGGGCGGGUCCAAGGAACCACUGAGUAACACGGGGGGUUCCGGGGUCGUUGUUCCGCGCAGCGCAAGCAAGAACGCUGAGCCCGCCGUGUCCGUGCCUGCAGAGGGAACGCACGCUAUGGAGCCGCCGCCAUGGUGGUCGGACGGUUCUUCCUCUUCGGGUUCCCGUUCACCGCUCCCCUCUGCCACGGGGCCCGAGUGCUUCACUACGUCGCGCACCACGUUCCACAAUCAACAGAGAGGAGGGAGCGCUUCAUCAUCAUCUCCACGAACAGAUGACGAGCAUGAUUCAAGCGGCGGCAUCGAAAUGACGAAUUUUUCGAUGCGCGAAAACCGGGAAAGGGAGGCGUUUUCAACGCUACGUGCACGACUCGCAAGAACGUCGUCGUCAGUAUCGAGUACUACACAGGAGCGGCACAGGGAAAACAAGAUUAGGGCUGCCCUUGGUGGUCGAUCUUCGCGGAAGCUUCGGCGCUACCUGCUGCAGGAAGGGGCGCAUCGGAUGGCCGAGGGCGAAGACGAGGAGAUCGAGAAGGCGGAACGGACCGGGGAAGACGCCGUAAUAAAUCCGGACGACAUGAUGAUCCCAGACGGCGAAAAAACGAAACAAAGCGGCGGGGACGUCGAUGAGCCGCCGGUCGCAGACGAAAACGAUGCGAGGCCAGACGGCAAAACGUCACCCGCAUCUGGUGCGAAUCAAAGUCCCGCGAGUAAAGACCCCGCUUCUCAGCCGCCCGGUGCUGAGGGCGGCGGUGGCGAGGAGGGUGACGAUGCAGAGGACGGGGAGCAGCAGAUCAGUCGACAGUCCUCCAAGUCCGGUUCUGGGAGCAAAAAGAAGCUGCUGGCAAAGGGCACAAUGCAAAUACAAAAGGAACAAAUGGCCUACAUCCGCGAGCCAAUCACCUUUGAAGACCUCGAGGUACUGCACUUGUUAAUGCUGGACAUAUUUUUUAUAAAUCAAAUAUCAAUUGUGUCUAGGACUAGGUCUACUACACUACUUGGUUCUUGAAAUUCAAAUUGAAAUGCGAGCGCAAGCUUGCAGAUCCAGAUGUAUGCAUCAACUAACUUCGGAUGAACUUCGCGUGAAAGAUGAGUCUGAAAUCGUGGCUGAAAGUGUCUUCACGCACUUCUACACAGCGCUCGAUAUGAUAAUAUAGACAUAGUGUGGGUCCGUUCCAUUACUUUCAGGCACUUGGCGUAGAGCCCCGGUUCGCUCGGCAUUUGAUGCUGCGGUGCCACCGUUUUGUGCUGGCAGAGACCGGGUACGAAGAGCGGCGAAAGCAGGAGUUGACGAGCCUGGCGAUCGAGACGGGCAAAAUGCUGCAACACGUUGACCAUGACUGCAGUGGGCUGCAGAAGCAGCUGGCAAUCAUCCUGGACAGUGUAGUCAAGAGCUGCAAGGACCUGGAGGAAACUAUCGACGACACACACAUGUCUUUGGCGAAGCUCGAGAAGGAGCGGGGUGUCGCCCCUUGCCAAGGUACUCAAGUUUGCGUUUUUUUUUUGCUAUCGCUUGAUAGUGUCAGCUCUUGAUGAUCGUAGUGUAGCACUAGAGCGCGUUCAUGGAAAUUUGUAAAAAAUCCAUGCGCAGGCACACCGCUCUCAGCGGGGCACUACCGGGAGACUCCGUGGAACAAGGGGCAGCAUGUAACCACCGUUCCCGGCGUGCGAGAAAACAACAUGACGCAGGCGCGCAACACUUUGGCGAUCAUGGCAGGAUCCCCGAGCGCGAGUGGCGGUGCGUCGCCCUUUGGUGGAACCGGCGCAUCAAAAUUCAAGGCGCUGCUGGGACCGAAGAAGUAAUCCAGAUCGUUCCACAUUCACUUCUCUGGAAGGUGUUCUUCCUGCUGUUCUUGUGACCGAUGCAGAAGUAAGUAAUUACCUAUGAACUCACUUUUAUUAAUUUAGUACAGGAGAAAUAUCAUCAAUAUUCGUUACAUGGACUCACGCCACUGUCACUUCAGUUUGUUCGUGUUCGUUGCAAAUGGUUUUUUGUACCGCUGUAGCGCAGAAACGGACGGUUCUAGUCCCUGUUACUUUUUUUUGAACCAGACAGAUCGGGUUUGGAUGUCAGAUUGCUCAUGCGCUUGAGGUUGACACGACACGGACCGACGCAAUUCUCUAGCACACCAAGGCACAACAAGGAGAACAACGUGAGGUGUGCGCCAUGGUGGCAGCUUAAUAGAAGUGACCAGUACCCGCGUCCUAUACGCACACUGACUUAGACUUACAAUAGCAGGAGAAUGGACCUUGAGGGAUAGAUACAAACAGAAACGCCCGUUAGUUCAAUCAAAUUGAUGCAUUGAUGGGAAGAAUACUCGAUGCUCUGCAGUGAUGAAAACCUCUAUAUUUUCUGCCGUCGAAUGUCGGGCCGUGGCCUUGCCCAUGACGAGAUUGUGUGUAAUUCACUUUCAAAAGUUCUUUUACAGCCUACCCAAUAU